CCUCGUCUUCUCCGGUCGAGUUUCUCUCACAUUCCACUCUCCCCCUGGGUCCUGCGUGCCGACGCCAUAUAGCCCAGCGGGCCCACAGGAGACGAGCAUCAGAGACCGAAGAAAGUCAGCGAGCUGGAACCCAGGCGUCCCGUUUGGAAGUGUCCAAGGAGAUCGCCCUAAGUGCGCCAGCCGAGUCUGGGAGAGUUUCCUUCUGGCCGAGAGGGGGAGCCCCGCGUUCCCAGCCGGCAGCGACCCGGAGUCCCGAGCCUCGAGCCCCAGCCGCCAGCUAGCGCCAGUUUUGGCUUCAGCCGAUUAGGAAGAGGAGGGAGGGGGCCGAGAGCGCGUAGAGGGAGGGGACCGGAGCCGGAGGGUCCCGAGUCCAGCUCGCUGUUGACGUAGAGAAACUUUCCCUCUCGGCUACGGAAACGGCGCCCCGGCUGCGCCGGAGCGGAGAUCUCCAGGUUCCGAGGACGCGGCGGCUCUCCAUGCCCCUGCCCGGAGCCUGACCCGACUGCAUCAGUCACUAAGACAAAAGAGAAAAAAUGAUCUGGUUAAUCACUUUGGAAAUCAUGGCACAGUUUCAUGGCUACCUUUUGGCUGUGCCGUGUUUGAAAUUUCCUGUCCAGGAUGAACAGAUCUAUUUCUAAAGCUGGAAUUAUGUGUAAUUUCAUCUGAUAUACACAAGAGAGAAAGUAAUUGAAGGCAAGUUCAGAUGGGAACUGUAUGAUUGAAAGUCAAGUGUCUGCAUAUUCCUUCAACUAUAUUUGAACAUACCUACCCAGGAUAUAAAGUGUGACUGAACUGAACAUCUAUUUGGUUGUUCCUCAUCAUGAACCGUGCUUUUAGCAGGAAGAAAGACAAAACAUGGAUGCAUACGCCAGAGGCUUUAUCAAAACAUUACAUUCCUUAUAAUGCAAAGUUUCUUGGCAGCACAGAAGUGGAGCAGCCCAAAGGAACAGAAGUUGUGAGAGAUGCUGUAAGGAAGCUAAAGUUUGCAAGACAUAUCAAGAAAUCUGAAGGCCAGAAAAUUCCGAAAGUUGAGUUGCAAAUAUCAAUUUAUGGAGUAAAAAUUCUAGAACCCAAAUCAAAGGAAGUUCAACACAAUUGCCAGCUUCACAGAAUAUCAUUUUGUGCAGAUGAUAAAACUGACAAGAGGAUAUUCACUUUCAUAUGCAAAGAUUCUGAGUCAAAUAAACAUUUGUGCUAUGUAUUUGACAGUGAAAAGUGUGCUGAAGAGAUAACUUUAACAAUUGGCCAAGCAUUUGACCUGGCGUACAGGAAAUUUCUAGAAUCUGGAGGAAAAGAUGUUGAAACAAGAAAACAGAUUGCAGUGUUACAGAAAAGAAACUUAGUGUUCUCAUGUGACUUUGCUUCACUUCCUGAUGCUUCUCAUGGGGAUCAGAGCAGCAGAAGCAGCAGAUGCUGGAUUCAAGACUUAGAAACAGAAAAUAUGGAACUUAAAAACAAAGUACAGGAUUUGGAAAACCAGUUGAGAAUAACCCAAGUAUCAACAUCUCCACUGCUGCACAAAAUGUCUGAUCAUGAGCAACACGGGUUUCAGAGAUGCUCACCUUCUUUCUGGCGUAGAACUGAUGAUUCAUCUCCCUGUCUAAAUAUUUCUUCCAUUACUGUCACUCCUGUCAACUCGCCUGAUUCCAGACUAUCAUUGGGACUGUUAAUACCACCACCUUCUAAAUGUGGCCUUUCCAAGCCAAUCAGUGAGAGCAGCAUCCCAAGACCUCAUGCAGGCAAUGUGACACCUAAGUGUCCCUCCACUGACAUCUUUGAUAUGAUUCCAUUUUCUCCAGUUUCACACCAGUCUUCAAUACCUACUCGCAAUGGCACGCAGCCACCUCCAGUCCCUAGUAGAUCUACCGAGAUUAAACGGGACCUGUUUGGAGCAGAACCUUUUGACCCAUUUAACUGUGGAGCAGGGGAUUUCCCUCCAGAUAUUCAAUCAAAAUUAGAUGAGAUGCAGGAGGGGUUCAAAAUGGGACUAACUCUUGAAGGCACAGUAUUUUGUCUCGACCCAUUAGACAGCAGGUGCUGAUGUCAAGAACAAGAGGUCUUGAAUCUGUUAAAUUUGUUUUGUAUACAUAUCUAUUAUUCAUUAUUACUUGUGACAGGUAUUAUACAUGUACCAAUAUAUUUUUGAAUCUCAUAACUUUCUGAAAAUUAUUUCAGUAAAAUUUCCUCAUACUUUCACUGUUGUACUGUAGCAUUUUGUUUUAAAAACAACUCACUGUAAAGUAAAUCAUACUUUUAUGUUCCUUUCUGUUUGUUUGUAGAAGAAUUUAUAACUGAAAGACAAAUUAUCCAAAUAUCUGCCUGUGUCUGAGCUCUAAAUAAUUAGCUUCUUCAAAUUUAAGUUCAUUCUCUAGGAUGCUAGUUUAUUACUGAUUUCCCAAAAGCCAUACCUUAAAGAUAACUUUCAGAGUCCUCAAGAGAUACACCAAUGCCAAACUAAAUAUGUUCUAUAUUCAAACCAAUAAACAUGUUACCAUUCAUUAGACAGAUGUCAUUUUAUGUAUGAAAUGUUGUUCAUAUUAUUGGGGAAAUGUAAACUUUGAAUAUAAUACCACCAGAUCAUUUUUAGCAGGUAAAAUAACAAAAAUAUAAAUUCCAAUAAUAAUUAAACUAAAUGUAUUUAGAGUACUUAUUAGUAAAAUCAAGGUAAUAAUGAUAGUUAUUAUUAUCAGCUACACUCCAAAUAUUUUAUUUAUUUCAUACAUAAAGAUUGUGGAAAAAAUGAAAAUUUGCUAUUUACAAAACACUUAAAAUAAAAUUUAAUUUCUAAUGAGAUAAGUUACAUUACUAAACAUCAUCUGAUUUGAAGUUUCUGGAAAAAACAUUUGGAAUAUGUGCUGUCUAUAGUUGCAGUAUCUAUUACCCAUAUAUACUUUACCAAAUAUAUUUUUUCUGAACUGAAUAAGACUAUCCUUCUUAUAUUUUCUCCUUUGAUAAAGAUAUUUUCUCACCAAAGUUUAUUUUGUGAUGACCCAUUAGUUUUGAUACUGUUAAAAAUCUAUGGCACCUGUUCUUUAUGAAUUAUCAAUAUUAUUUAGCAAAUUUAAUUUGUAUCUGUUUUGUUAAAGUCAGAAUCUCAUUUUUCACAAAAAUGAAAUUGCUGCUCAGUUUAGUCUUUAACAUGAACAAUAACAUUUUCUUGCAGCUGAUUCUUUUUUUUUUUUUUUAAAUCCUAAUCGAAACCACUUUUUUUUUAAAUUAAUUAAUUGAUUUUAUUUUUUUAUUUUUGGAUGUGUUGGGGCUUCGUUGCUGUGCGCGGGCUUUCUCUAGUUGCGUCAAGGGGGGGCCACUCUUCAUCGCGGUGCGCGAGCCUCUCACUAUCGCGGCCUCUCUUGUUGCGGAGCACAGGCUCCAGACGCGCAGGCUCAGUAGUUGUGGCUCACGGGCCUAGUUGCUCCGUGGCAUGUGGGAUCUUCCCAGACCAGGGCUCGAACCCGUGUCCCCUGCAUUGGCAGGCAGAUUCUCAACCACUGCACCACCAGGGAAGCCCGCAGCUGAUUCUUGAUGUGCUGAUGAACUCUGACUUUUAAAAAUGUUUGUUUCUUACACCUUUGCCCAUUAUGUAACAGACUGUAAUUUGUACUGAGUGCAGCAAAAUUUAUGGUCAAAUUUAUAAAUUUGGUUCAUCACAUUAUAAGAAAAAAAAUUGAAUUAAUGAAAAUAUGAGCUUAGAUUGAGGGUAGAUCUCAAAAAUGUUUCUUUUCCUUUAGUCAUGGAAAUUUUCUUCACGUGCUAAAGGUGCAUUUUCACUAGGAACAGAAAUCAAAUAGGCUUAUGCAAUAUUAUAUUUGUAUGUAUCCCCAUAAUGUUCUGUGGUGUAUAUAGGCCUUCUUGUUUGCUUUCUGUUAUCUGCUAAGUUGUACCUUAAUUAGAGGGUAGUGUAUGUUUCAUAAAGAAGAGUCUUUAUAAUUUUGUUUGUCAUAUAGUAUUUUGGAAUUUGUAUAAUGAGGAUGUUUAGAAGCCAUAUUAAUGGCUUUUUUUAACAGAUAGAAUUUGUAUUUUUAUUGUACUUUAAAAAGCUUUAUGUAACAGGUAUAUAUUUAGUGGCGAUUUAUUAUCAAUGGUAACACAAUAGAGUACUUUGCACAUUUAAAAUAUGUUACUGUACCAAUUUUUAAUGGUAAUCAAUUCUGCUACUGGCAUGAUUAAAUAGUAUAUAAUUGGUCAUUAAUUAUGAACAUUUAUUUCACCAGUGCAUUUUUAUGAAGAUACAGUUGCAAAUUGUAUUUCUAUGUAAACUCAAUGAUAUGUUUGAUUUU